GACCAGCCCCGCGCACUUGGCGGGAAAUCUCGCUCUUGAUGGUGAUCCGUUUCCCACCUCGUCACGCGACGCAAUCUGGACCAACUCAAUGUCGAUCAUGGAAUCGCUGGCAAAUGCGUCCUUUGCUGGGGAUCUGUCGAAUCUCUGCACCCAGCUCCCAUACCUGUCUCCGUGUCUCAUCCAAAGCCAAGUGUGCUCCAACUCCACCUAUUCCAGCGGCUUCCCGCUCCAAUGCGACAACAGGGGUCUCCUCAUGGCCGCCUGCCAAGAUCCUGACUCGACGAACGUCUCCGGCAACGAGUGCGCCAGCAUCCAAGUGUUCUGCCAGGCAAAUCCCGGACUGAAUGUCUGUCUCGGGGCCAUCGCUAACCUGCCAAAGUCUGUGGAUACUCGCAUAUACAUCCAGCUGAUCUGCAUGGACCACAGCACCCUCACCGGCUGCAGCGAAUGCACCGUGAGCCAAGGCUACGGAUACGACAGCACCACAUCUUACAAGAUGCACUGUGCGUCGCUCAGCGCAUAUGCCAACCUCUGUCGCCAGGUCCCCGACGACAUUUACUGCUCCGGGGGAUCUGAUAAAAUUACAUGGCAAAAGUUCUGCCAGUCAAACAACAUGCCGCCGUUCUGCUAAGGCAGCAUCUACGAUGGGCUCUGUUUGCUGUUGCUCAGAACAAAAUGAGACAGUAUCCCUUUUUUCUGGUAUGAGGGGCGUGAAGCCUGCUGAGCUCCCUUGGCCCUGGUGGGCGAGCGGUGCGAUUGUUUCUGGUCCUAAUUGACCAUGCCUUUCUUUUGGUUGGUCUUGAAUACAC